AUGUUGCUUUGUGAGGUCAUCGGUUACCAGGGCAAAGGUUCAGGAGUUGAAUUGCAAACAUUGGAUCAUGACUCAGAGGAUAAUUUUGCGGGUUCAGUAUUACACUUCUUCUUCCUCACGCCCCAACAUCAACAUCAUCUUCAAUCCUUCAACAACUUCACAGUUUUUCAAAUUGCAAAGAACACAUCAACACAGAACCUGCGGUGUAAUGCUCAGAAGAAGAACAAAGAGAGGAAACAAACCAGAAACGAGUCAAGAACGCACAAAAUCGCAGAAAUAUCAGAAGAGGUCACUAACAACAGAAGAAUAAUACUCAGUGUUCUUACCAAAAUACAAGCAUCAGGAUAUCUUUCUCAAGGCUUCUUCGAAGUCAAGAUCCAUCAGAUUUCUCUUUCAAUCGCUAAACCCUUUCUCUUUACUGUUUACGUUUUCAGAUUCACAGUUGUUUGCCUAAGGUGGAGGUGUAAGAGACAAGAGGAAGAUGAAGAAAACUAA